AGGGAGGGGUGGGAAGCGGAAGUGCUCGGCUGACCCGGAGGCCGGCGCUAGGUUCACACUGGCUGCUGUAGUUUGUCCCUGAGGUGUCAACCUCUCGGCGCUGAAGGUCACAGUGCAGACCUGAGACCGCUGCUCACGGACUUCAGACUCCAGUUUAUCUGUGCCCCAGCUUCCUCACUUAGUCUCAGAAGACUUAGGCUGAGGCCCCAGGAGGAGAUCUCCAUCCUUUGGAGGAGCACAACAGAAUGGCCACAUCCCAGUGAUGAACAUUUCAGUGAUCACCAGUGGUCAAUGAAAAAAAAACAUUUAAGGAAUCAUUGACCUUCAAGGAUGUGUUCGUGGACUUCACCCUCGAGGAGUGGCAGCAACUGGACUCUGCCCAGAAGAACCUCUACAGGGACGUCAUGCUUGAGAACUACAGCCACCUGGUGUCCGUGGGGUAUCUGCUUGCCAAGCCAGAUAUGAUCUUCAGGUUGGGACCAGGAGAAGAGUCCUGGAGGGCAGAUGGAGGGACCCCGGUGCGCACCUGUGCAGGUGAGGACAGGCCAGUGUUUCACUAUGGAAGGUUAAGAUUGAACUCAUCAUGCUGCUCCUGUCACCCACCCAAAGAAGUCUGGCAAGUUGACAAGCAGAUAGAUUGCUACAAGGAAAGCCAAGACAAACUUCCGUGGCAAGCUGCAUUCACAGGCAAAGAAACACUGAAGGAUGAAAGUGGUCAAGUAUGUAAAAUAUGUAGAAAAAGCAUUUUUCUCAGCACAGACUUUGUUUCUGUAAAACAAAGGCUCCCUAAAUAUUACUCAUGGGAAGGGUGUUCAAAACAUAAUUUAAACUUUCUUAGUCAAAAUAGAAGCUAUGUAAGAAAGAAAGAUGAUGGAUGUAAGGCAUAUUGGAAAGUAUGCCUCCAUUCUAACCUUCAUAAAGCUCAACCUGUGGAGAAAUUUUUUGACCCUAGUCAACGAGGGAAAGCCCUCCACCAAAAGCAAGCCCUUCAGAAAAGUCAGAGAAGUCAAACUGGGGAGACACUCUAUAGAUGUACUCAGUGUGGAAAAGGGUUUAUCCAGAAAGCAAACUUAGUUGUACAUCAAAGAACUCACACUGGAGAGAAACCUUAUGAAUGCUGUGAAUGUGCAAAAGCCUUCAGCCAGAAGUCAACCCUCAUAGCACACCAGAGAACUCACACAGGGGAGAAGCCCUAUGAAUGUAAUGAAUGUGGAAAAACCUUUAUUCAGAAGUCAACUCUGAUUAAACAUCAACGAACUCAUACGGGAGAGAAACCAUUUGUAUGUGCCAAAUGUCCAAAAGCCUUUAAAAGUUCAUAUCAUCUUAUUAGACAUGAAAAAACACACAUUAGACAAGCAUUUUAUAAAGGUAUUAAAUGUACUACAUCCGGCCUUAUAUAUCAAAGGAUUCACCCAAGUGAGAAACCUGAGUGCAGUAAACAUGGGAAAACCUCUGAUGAGAAGCCUAGUCCCACUAAACAUCAGAUAACUCACACAAAAGAGAAAAUUUAUGAGUGUAGUAAAUGUGGGAAAAGCUUCAGAGGUAAGUCACACCUCUCUGUUCAUCAGAGAAUUCAUACAGGAGAGAAACCCUAUGAAUGUAGUAUAUGUGGGAAGACUUUCAGUGGAAAGUCACACCUCUCUGUCCAUCAUAGAACUCAUACAGGAGAGAAACCUUAUGAAUGCAGAAGAUGUGGGAAAGCCUUUGGGGAGAAGUCAACCCUUACUGUACAUCAGAGAAUCCAUACAGGAGAGAAACCCUACAAAUGCAACGAAUGUGGGAAAGCCUUCAGUGAGAAGUCACCACUGAUUAAACAUCAGAGAAUUCAUACAGGAGAGAGACCAUAUGAAUGCAGUGACUGUGAAAAAGCCUUCAGUAGGAAGUCAACUCUCAUUAAACAUCAGAGAAUUCAUACAGGAGAAAAACCUUACAAAUGUAGUGAAUGUGGGAAGGCCUUCAGUGUGAAAUCAACUCUCAUUGUGCAUCACAGAACUCAUACAGGAGAGAAACCUUAUGAAUGCGGAGACUGUGGGAAAGCAUUCAGUGGGAAGUCAACUCUCAUUAAACAUCAGAGAAGUCACACAGGUGAUAAAAACCUAUAAGUAUACUUGAGAGUGGGAUAAUUAUACUAGUAAUUAUACCUCAUUACAUGUCAAAUAAUUCAUCAUGGGGAGUAAUCUUAUAAAUGACAAGAACGUUGGAAACUCUUCAUAUAUUAAUAUUCAUUUAACUUAAUAAAAGGUACAGAAGUAUAAUUCCAGAGGCAUCAAUAAAUGUGAUCAAUUUUUUCACCCAGAAUUCUUCACCCAGGAGUGAAAAUCUGUAUCUCAAAUAAUUUGAAAGGGUCCAAACUGAGUGUAGUGAUGUGGGAAAGCCUUCAGAAAGAAUGUAAAUGGCACUGUUUAUCAGAGUAUUUAUACUGAGAAAAACUAAGAAUUUAGUGAGCCAUGGGUGUGGUAGGUAGCUCACACCUGUAAUUCCAGCACUUUUGGGAGGCCAAGGUGGGCAGAUCACUUGAGCUCACAAGUUUGAGACCAGC